UCAUGGACGUCAGCAAUGCCAGGGGCAGAGCCAAGCUGCUGCCUACCGUUAAGUACUCUCCACAAGCCUCGUUUGAAGAAGGACAUGUCAUAGCGCUCCGGAAACACCGCGAGGGUAGCUCAUUCCACAGGAUGGUACGUGGCAAAAAAAGAUCUCUGGAAACGCACUGUGGAUGAACGCAGUGGCUCCAGGUAGUAUGGAUAAACUCUACUCCGGUAGCGGGCGGUGCGAUGGUAAAAAAUAGAUGAUGGAAUCAUCUCAAGCACCACAAUCAAAAAUAUCAGUCAAAUUAUUAAAAAACCAUUUUGUAAAAACAUCAUCUCGGCCUGGGCGCACAAACCACCUCGUGGUGAACGGUCACCAUCUCCUGUGGGUAACAGGGAUGCCAUACUAUCCCGUUGUAGAGUCGGAUGUAUUUUUAUGGUUAGAAUCCACCUUUUUCUUAUCCUAGGCACACUUUACGUGUGUAUUCCUUAUAAUAUGUUCCAUUAUACUUUGCGAUAGAUGGUGCAUUUGAAAGCUAGACUGAUUAGUUGGUUGGAGAACAACCGGGAGUUAGUAGUGGCGCUGUUCUGUCUGCCAGCCAGCUUCCUGUUCACGGUAGCGCUGCAGCUGCGAGCGCACUUACGGAGACUCGUCGCUCGCGCCGACCAGCACGAGAGGGCCGUUAAAGAGAUACAGGCUAGGGUCCAGGAAUGGAACAAGCUUCCGUCACGAGACCGUCGACUGCUGUGCACGUCGAGACCCAACUGGUUGUCUCUCUCUACUACGUUUUUCGAAAAGCAUCUCCAUCAUCGAGUUCCUAUACCGCUUUACGACAUAUUGGAGCUGGAUGAACAAGCUAUGACUGUCAGAGUCGAGCCAAUGGUGACCAUCGGCGACAUCACAGAAUACCUCAUACCGAAGGGCUAUUCAUUGGCCGUCACUAUUGAAUUGGUUGACGCUACACUUGGAGGUCUUGCAUUCGGCACUGGAAUGUCCACUCACUCCCACAAAGCGGGCUUGUACCACGAGACUAUUACUGCGUAUGAAGUGGUUCUCGGUGACGGGUCCCUGGUCACAGCUGCAGCUGACAACGAACACUCUGAUCUCUUCAAAGCCCUCCCGUGGUCGCACGGUAGUCUUGGCUUCCUUGUGGCGCUCACAUUGAAAAUAGUCAAAGUAAAACCAUUCAUUAAGAUGAAGUACACUCCGGUUGAAGGACAGAAGGAAUAUUGCAACCUGCUGCGAGAGCUUUCUGGAACGUACGAAAGAGAACCUAAAGAAUUCCCUGAUUUUCUCGAGGCAACAAUCUUUAGUGAGAACGAGGCGGUCGUCAUGUCAGGAGACUACUGCGACGGCGACCCGACGGCGCCAGUGAAUCACAGCUCGAGGUGGUACAAGCCGUGGUUUUACAAACACGUACAGUCCUUCUUGAAGAAGGGGGAGAGCGUCGAGUUGAUACCGUUGAAAGAUUAUUUACUCCGGCACAACAGAGCUAUCUUCUGGGUCGUCGAGGACAUGCUCUCAUUCGGAAACGACGCCUUGUUCCGAUACUUGUUCGGUUGGCUGCUGCCCCCCAAGCCCGCCUUUUUAAAAUUCACGACGACGCCGGGGGUGCGAGCCUACACAUUCACGAAGCAAGUUUUUCAAGACAUAGUGUUGCCGAUCAGUGAACUGGAACGGCAGAUCGAGAUGGCCACGCAAUUGUUUGACAAAUUCCCGCUGCUUGUGUACCCGUGUAAAGUGAUCGAUCGCGGUCCAUCGUCCGGACAACUGAAACGACCCCACUCUAAGUACUUGGUCCCGGGAACAAACUAUGCGAUGUUCAAUGAUUUGGGAGUUUACGGCGUCCCGGGGAAGGUCAAAGAGAAGAAGCCAUACAGCCCGGUGACGGCUAUGAGAAAGAUGGAAGAGUUCACGAGAGAAGUGGGUGGUUUUUCAUUUCUUUACGCCGAUAUAUUCAUGACCCGAGAGGAGUUUGAGGCCAUGUUUGAUUUAUCUCUGUACGAGAGAGUUCGAAGGAAGUAUGGAGCUGAAGGAGCCUUCCCACAUUUAUAUGUUAAAGUCAAGCCAGAGAUUGAUGUUUUCGCUAUUGGUGAAGAGAACGCUGUCCAGUGAACAUCUCGGUCGAUGCAAACUGUCCACUUCUAGAGGAAAUACGUUCUCUCUCGUUUUGGCGUCUACUUUGUGUAUCGACUUAAUCCUAACGAUAUAAUUACGAUGAUAAUAAAAGUGCAAUAGAUGUAGAUAUUUUAUUAUUGGUGAACUAAUCCAGUUCAUCGCGGCCUCCUUAAUAAAACGAACACUUUGAAGACUUUUUUUUAAUUUUGUAAACCUGAACCAAGAGAUUGUCUUUAAAGCUAGCAGACAUGUUGAAUGCACAACGUGGCGCAUGUUUGUGAAAAUGAAUCUGCAUCUGCUCUCGUGUGUCAAUCACAUUAGUUGAUUGCUGUUGCACAAUUUUAUGAUUAGACAGAGUUAAAGUCAUUUGUGCCCAACUAAACGUGUUUUGCGACAGGGCGGGUAUGCUGUGUGAGUGGGCAUGUGCGAAGUGUGUGUGGGGGGAGUGCUGUGUAUUUGGGUACGUGCGUAGUGUGUUGGGGGUGCUGUGUGAGUGGGCAUGUACGAAGAGUGUUGGGGGGGGGGUGCUGUUUGAGUGGGCAUGUGCGAAGUGUAUUGGAGGAGUUUGCUGUGUGAGUGGGCAGAGGUACUGUAUUGGUGGGUGUGCUAUAUGGAUGGGCGAGCGUGCUGAGUG